AAUGAGUUUCUUUGGAGCCUUGCAGUGUAUUUAUGUCCUUUUUUCUGCAUCUACUAAAAGAUGGACUAUUUUUAGAAAACAUGUUACUGGCCUUUCGGUAAAGCCUCUUUGCGAAACACGAUGGGAAUGUAGAAUGCAAAGUGUCAAAGCUCUGCGGUACCAAGCAGGGGAGUUUUAUGAUGCACUUGUAGAGGUAGAAGAAACAACUGAUGAUUCUCAAGCAAAACAUGAAACUGAAUCGCUGGCUUUUCAAAUAAAGGAUUAUAAGUUUUUGGUUCCGCUAGUUUUCUGGCAUGAUUUACUUUUUCAAGUGAAUUUUGUGAGCAAAGAGCUGCAGAGUGAUACAAUGGAUAUUUCUGCAGGAAUUUCUUCAUUUGAAAAGCUUUGUAACUGGUUAAAAAUGUACAGAGAGAAGGGUUUUCAAGAAGUGUUAACUGGUGCCAAUGAACUUGCCAAAGAUCUAGAUGUGACUCCAGUAUUCCAGACUAAACGUUUGCGCAAACGAAAAAAACAGUUUGAGUACGAGUCUGCAGACGAGCCUUUUUCUGAUCCAAAAGAAGCUUACAGAGUGCAGUGCUUCAAUCAAGUGUUAGACAAAGCUUUACAGUCACUUGAACCAAGGUUUGAACAGUUACAAAAGCAUGAGAGUUUAUUUGGAUUUUUAUGCAAAUUCAAAAAUCUUCCCAAGGACACCAUACGAAAAGCUGCUGCAGAUCUGGAACUUGCAUUGACAGAUGUGAAACUAGUGCAGGAAAACGAACAAGUUUCAACUGUAAAAUCAGUUGACAUAAAUGGCUACAUGCUUUGUGAAGAACUGGAAGCAUUAAAGCCAAUUAUUUCAUCUGAUUGUACAAACCCCCUAAAAAUCCUUCAAUUUCUUGCAUAUAAUAACCGAUCAACAGGAUUCCCAAAUUUAUUUAUAGCAAUUCAAAUCUUCCUGACUAUUCCAGUAACUGUAGCCUCAGGAGAGAGGAGUUUCUCGAAGCUAAAUCUAAUUAAAACAUAUCUGCGAUCAACAAUGCAGGAAGACCGAUUAAACAAUUUGGCAAUCAUGUCAAUUGAAUGCGAAGUAAUGAAGAGCUUAGAGUUAGGCAAUUUACUGAAAGAUUUUGUCAGACAAAAAGCGAGGAAGAUAAAGUUUUAAAAACAUAGGGGGCUGGCAACAAAGCAAUAAAUCAUCCACUAAGGGACAUGGAUCACUGAAGAGACUGAUCAUGGAGUCACCAAGCAAAGGGGUCUGGAAGCUAAAAGGUACAUUACUUUUGGCUUUUGAUGUGCAGUUUUACAAAACCAAAGGAAAGCAG